AUGGAACGGCUGGAUGAAGCAGCAGCCGAUGCAAUACCCAACAACAGGACAUCAACGCAGCAGAGCCCCUUCCAUGCGCAUGUGAAUCCUCACGCGCUGCCUCUUCCAUUCCGCAACGUGAGCAAAGAUUGGGAGAAGAUGCUCUUCGGAUCGAUCGGGCUUUCGGCGGAGGAGGCAGAUCAGUAUCAAUCGGUCUUUGCACAGCACGAGAUCACCCUCAACGAUUGGGAUGGCCUCACCUACGACCUGCUCAAGGAGAUGGGCAUCGACAAAGUCGGCCACAGGAUUCGCAUCCUUCGAAAGAUGAAGGACCUCUACGCUGAUGAAGCCAGCAAAGAUGGGCACCAGAACGAAGAGGCCGUUGUGCUGAACGAUCGAAGCUACACCAAACGAAAGGAGGAGGAGGGUGAACAGCCUCAGCUGAAGCCAAAGACGAAGACGAAGACGAAGACGACGCCGACGCAGGAAAGCGAGCGCAAGAAGCGGAAGAAGGAGAAGAAGGAGACGAAGCCUGCCCCUGCUCCAUUGGCUGAGGCCGCCGACAUCACCCACGGCAGUGAGGAGAGCGGCAGCCGACGAAAGAAGAAGCAGCGGAAGUCACCCAAGAGCAACGAGACGGAUGACAGCAUGAUGAGCACGGAGCCCGACCACCAACCCGUGACGAACAACAACGACGACGACGAUGUGCGGGACGAGCACGAUGUGAUUGAGAUGCCUGAAGGAAUGGUAGGGACCGGAGAAGAAGAAGAAGAGGGGCAUCCGCGUGGCGAAGUUACCAUGCGCGACGCCGCGACCACAACGACAUCGGAGCCGACACAAGGACCAAGCGGCGAAUGGUAUGCGAUCGUGACCAAGCGCAAAGCUGCUGGUCAAACCUCGCCGCCAAGGCCGACGAAGGACGAGCGCGGCGAGAGGGCGACAUUCGCCGACGCCGGUGGUGCGCCUGCCGAUCGGCCCGGGCUCUUCUCAAUAGACCUCAACGCCCCGCCACCAGACGAUCAGCCGGUGGCGGUCGAAGAAGAAGAAGAAGAGGUCUCUGGCGCCGGUGGUGCGCCUGUAGAUGAUCAUCGGCCAUCCGGAUUCUUCUCAUUGGACCUCAAUGCCCCGCCACCGGAUGAUGAUCAACCGGUGGCGGUCGAAGAGGCGGAGAAGCCACCAAAGAAGCCAGCGGCCCCGAAGCCUGCAGCUCUCGCCAAAGAGGAGUUGGACGGCGAGGCGCUGGUCUGGGCCACGGCCAUCAAAUCGCUCAAGGUCUCCACUGUCGGGAUCCACUGCCGCAACAGCUACACGGGCGAGUGCCCGUACAAGUUCACCACCGCCGGCUUGCUGCCCUGUUCGUACAAGAGAGGCAAGACACUGGUCGUGCUGCUCGUGGAGACGUUGUGGGACGGGCAGCGCUAUGGCUGGGGCCAUUUUGUCGGUGAGCGCUCUCCCGACAACCCGCAUGAGCGGCCGGAGCGCACGGCCAUCAGCGCGUUUAUGAAGGAGACCUCAUUGUUGUUCUACAAGCGAUCAGCCGACGCGCUCUUUGCCACCCUGACAGAUGCGCUCACUCUUCAGAUGUACUACGCCAAGGCGCAGUGCGUCUUAUUCGUGCCCGAGAUUCCGUACAUACAUCGAUCAGACGCGCAAGUAGCACAAGCUCGAAGCAAGGCCUUGACGACCAAUCAGCCGAAAACGCGAAGGAUGAGGUGGGUGCCGCUGCGCGAUGUGCUCAAGGGCCUGUCCGAUGCCCAGGGUCGGAUAACGAUCAACGGGGUCCAAGAGCACCUCAACCCGCUGACCAUCGCCCUGCUCUCCAGUCCCUUCGCACGCGACCACUUUGCCGCGCUGCAGACCCGCCUCGAGGCCCACUUGGCCAAGCAGGCCAGCUCGGCCGCGCAGCGCCCCAGCAGCUCGAUCCCUCUUCACCCCAGCAGCGUGGGGAGCAGCCAACACCCACAACUCCACCUCGCCUACCAUCCCCAGCGCCACCAACAUCAACAUCAACCUCACCAUCAUCAACACCAGCCUCACCGUCCCCAUCACCAGCAGCAUCCACGGCACCACCUACCACCGCAUCAGCACAACGCCAAGAACAACAACAAGUCGAAGAAGUCGUUUCACAAGAAUAAGCCACUCCACAAGAGCUGGGAGAACCCGUCGACGAGUAACGGCAGCGGCCGUGGCGACGGCGAAGAACGCAGAGGGCCGAACCGACCCUCACCCGACCGAUUACGCAAGAGCGCAGAUUCCACGCUGGGCCAGCGGAGGCCGUCGCCAUCGUCAUCAUCGUUGUCAUCAUCGCAGGACAAGUCUAGUCACCAACCACACGGCCGGUCACAAGGCAGGCCAUCAGGAGGUGGUGAAGGUGAUGGAGGCGGUGGUAGUGGAGCUGAGCGAAGUCAGCCCUCUGCUUGA